AUGAUUGAUGAAUUGAAGAACAUAGUAGGAAGCAAAGAGGCAACCCUUGAGGAGAAGGAAGAGGCAGUUCUUGAGAUCUUUAGGGUCCUCAUUUCAAAAGGAGAUUAUCACGAAAUAGGGUGUGUCAUCAUGUCGUUGAAGGGGGUUUGGGAAGACAUAACAACUCCUCGGAUCACCAAGAUCAUAAGAAGGCUUUUUGAAAUGAUUCCAUAUUCUCAAGACAACUUCGAGCAUGUCUUGAAGCUCCUUACUGUUCUUGUGGAAUGGGCAGACAAAGAAAACAAGAAGAUGCUUCGCCUUGAUCUUGAGUGCAAGAGGAUAUAUGCCCUACUGAAGACAGAAAAGUAUUCGGAGGCGUUAGCACAGAUAGGUCCUGUAGCCCAUGAGCUUAAGAAGUAUGAUGAUAAGAUCAAUCUUAUAACUCUAUAUGUAUACGAGAGCAAAGCUUUCUAUGAGAUAAAGAGCAUCUCAAAGUCAAAGUCAUCUCUAACAUCAGCAAGGGUCUUGGCUGUUUCUGCAUAUUGUCCGCCACAGCUUCAGGCACAAAUAGAUCUUCUAAGUGGAAUCUAUAUAUGUGACGAGAGGAACUACGGUGUGGCAUCCUCUUACUUUAUAGAAGCGCUUGAAGGUUUUACAUUAGGGAAGAUGCCUUCUGAGGCCUGUGUAUCGUUGAGGUAUCUUAUCUUAUCCAAAAUCAUGGCUGGCAAGAGAGAAGAGAUCAAUACUGCGAUGAAGAAUAAGAACACCUUCAAGCACCUAGAUGAUGAGGUCAUUAAAGUCUUACUUAGGGUCAGCGAUAGUUUUGGAAACAGGGACUUGAGGUCAUAUAGCGAUGUCCUACAACGCUAUGCCGAACAGCUACGUUGUGAUUCAUUUGUCUGGAGUCAUUUACAGUACCUAUAUGAUGUUCUCCUUGAUAGGAACAUAAUCAAGAUAAUUGAACCUUACUCUGUUGUUCGGAUCAACUUCAUAGCUGAUGUAUUAGGGUUUGAAGCAGACAUUAUUGAGAAGAAGCUCAGAAAGAUGAUAUUGGACAAGGUUGUUGACGGUACUCUUGAUCAUAUAGAUGAGUGUUUAAUCCUGCAUGGAGAACGACCUGACAAUUUCUUUGCAGAUGAAUGUAUGAAGCAAGCCAAGGCACUGGACUGUAUAGUCUCUUCCCGCCAUUAA